GACGGUCCUUCGGCUGUGUUUGUUUUCUCUGAUCAGAUUGAUCAUCUCAUCUGAUCAGUUUAUUACAGAUUAUUUUAUCGUCAAUUUGAUCAAUUACCGUCGGUGACGUCAUUCCGCUUCCUCUUUGUGCGGAAGUCGGUGAGAGAAAAAAAACUGCUGAUCAGCCAAUCUGCUAUCCGUCUGUCUCUCUGCGGGUUUUAUUAUCCUCCAUCCCUCCGUCCUCCAUCCACCUACCUCCCCCUCUUUUCACCUUCUCCUCCUCCUGUUCUCUCCAUCGUUCCUCCUCCUCCUGUUGUUCCUCCGCUCCGCAGCAGCGAUGCUCCCACCGGGCCUGGCCGGUGUUGGCGCUUUGUGUUCGGGCUGGCAGUAGAUCGGCUCGUCGGUCAUGGUGCAGAAGUCCCGGAACGGCGGGGUGUUCCCCGGAGCGCAGGCCGACCAGAAGAAACUGAAGGUCGGCUUCGUGGGUCUGGAGGCCGGGGGUACCGAGUCCAGCAGGGACGGAGCUCUGCUCAUAGCAGGUGGGGAGGAGGGUCCACGGCGGCAGCGCAGCAGUGUCUCUGGAGGAAAGAAACCUCCGAAACGAAACGCCCUCUAUAGGCGACUGCAGAACUUCCUGUACAACGUUCUGGAGAGACCUCGAGGAUGGGCCUUCAUCUAUCACGCCUACGUGUUCCUGCUGGUGUUCUCCUGCUUGGUUCUGUCUGUGUUCUCCACCAUCAAAGAGUACGAGAAGAGUUCAGAGGACGCUCUUUACAUUCUGGAGGUGGUGACCAUCGUGGUGUUCGGGGUGGAGUACAUGGUGAGGAUCUGGGCUGCAGGUUGCUGCUGUCGGUACAGAGGAUGGAGAGGAAGACUCAAGUUCGCCAGAAAACCUUUCUGUGUCAUCGACAUCAUGGUGCUGAUAGCGUCAAUCUCAGUGCUGGCUGCAGGGACUCAGGGGAACGUGUUCGCCACGUCGGCCAUCAGGUCUCUUCGGUUCCUUCAGAUUCUGAGGAUGAUCCGGAUGGACCGCCGCGGAGGAACCUGGAAACUGCUGGGAUCAGUCGUCUACGCCCACAGCAAGGAGCUGAUCACAGCGUGGUACAUUGGCUUCCUGUGUCUCAUUCUGGCCAGUUUCCUUGUUUAUUUGGCAGAAAAAGAAGACAAUGAACAGUUUGAGACGUACGCUGACGCCCUCUGGUGGGGACUGAUCACUUUGACAACCAUUGGUUAUGGAGACAAGUUCCCCAUCACCUGGAACGGACGUCUGCUGGCUGCAACCUUCACUCUGAUUGGAGUCUCCUUCUUCGCUUUGCCCGCUGGGAUCCUGGGUUCUGGUUUUGCUCUUAAGGUCCAGGAGCAGCACAGACAGAAGCACUUUGAGAAGAGACGGAACCCAGCAGCUGGACUCAUACAGGCAGCGUGGAGAGUUUACGCCACAAACCUGAGCCGAACUGAUCUGACUUCAACCUGGGAUUAUUAUGAGAGGACCGUCUCUGUCCCCAUGUACAGGUUGAUCCCACCACUCAAUCAGCUGGACUUACUGAGGAACCUCAAGAACAAAUCAGGACUCUCGUUCAGGAAGGAUGUCCAACCUGAACCGUCUCCCAGUCAGAAGGUCAGUCUGAAAGAGAGGGUCUUCUCAUCCCCCCGAAGUUCAGGAACCAAAGGGAAAGGUUCUCCUCAGCAUGUUGGCCCUGGUGUUGCUCCUGGUGUUGCUUCUGGAGCCCCUGGAGGUCCUGGAGGCCUGGGGAGUGUCCAGGCCUUGCGUCGGUCCCCCAGCAUGGAACCCAGUCUGGAGGACAGUCCCAGCAAGGUUCCAAAGAGCUGGAGCUUUGGAGAACGUAGCAGAACCCGACAGGCCUUCAGGAUCCGAGGAGCCGCCUCCCGCCAAAACUCUGAGGUGCUGAUAGAGAUGCAGGAUGAAGAGUUCAGACAGAAGAGCUCCCCAGAUGCCAGCCUGCCAGGAGAAGACAUGGCCGAUGACAACAAGAGCUGCCACUGUGAGUUUGUCCCUCAGGAUCUAACCCCGGGGUUAAAGGUCACCAUCAGAGCCAUCUGUAUCAUGCGUUUCAUGGUGUCUAAGAGGAAGUUUAAGGAGAGUCUUCGUCCCUAUGAUGUCAUGGAUGUGAUUGAACAGUAUUCAGCCGGACACCUGGACAUGCUCGCCCGCAUCAAGAACCUCCAGUCCAGGGUGGACCAGAUCGUUGGCAGAGGAACUCCAAUUGCAGACAAAGACCGUCCCAAAGCAGCCAGUGAAGAGCUUCCUGAGGACCCGAGCAUGAUGGGACGGUUGGGAAAGGUGGAGAAGCAGGUCCUGUCCAUGGAGAGGAAGUUGGACUUCCUGGUUAACAUCUACAUCCAGCGAAUGGGAAUCCCUCAGGCUGAAACUGACGCUUACUUUGGAUCCAAGGAGCCAGAACCGGCCCCGCCCUACCACAGUCCAGUGGAUCAGCUGGAGAAGAGCCAGUCCAUCUCCAAGAUCCUGCAGGUGUUGCCUGGUGACCACGUUGAGAAGAGUCGCUUGGUGACGAAGAUGGUCCGCUCCAGCAGCUCCACUGGCCACAGGAAUGACAACGCCCCGACCUGUCCUCCCUCUACUUCCUGGCAGCCAGUCAGCUCCCAGCUCCACCAGCAGGCGCAGCCCCCUCCCCAGCGUAGCCACGGCAACACUCCAAGUCCAGUGGGAGAUGGGUCUCUGGUACGACUCCCACCUCCUCCGGCUGGAGAGAGACAUGGUGGGAACCGUUCAAACCGGCACAGCACCGGAGACCGAGGGGGGGCGGAGAGACCAGAGAGGGGAAGAGAGGGGGCCAACGGAACCACAAGAGGAGCAGGAGGAAGAGGGGAGGAGGUGAAGCCGGACAGUGACACCUCCAUCUCCAUCCCGUCUGUGGACCAUGAGGAGCUGGAGCGCUCAUUCAGUGGAUUUUCCAUCUCGCAGUCCAGAGAGAAUCUGGAUUUCCUCAACAGCAGCUUCUACCCAUCAUCUGCCAAUCCGGACCACCAAGGAGAAAGAGGAGGAGGAGGCGGAGGAGGAGGCGGAGGAGGAGGCGGCACUGCCCGCUGCGCUACCGUCCGGCCCUACAUCGCAGAGGGGGAGUCGGACUCUGAUUCGGAGCUUUGUGCCCCCUCGCCCCACUCAGACCGGGCCUGGACUGGAACCAAGUAGAGUCGAAGGUGAACUAGAGCCAAAACCAGCAGAAACAAUGAAAUGUGAAACAAAGAUAACGGAUGGAGGUCUACAAUGAAUCAUCAUGGGAGCUGUGAACAGUACUGGGUGUUUGAUGUCAUUAUGAUAUCAUAAAUUGGACAUUUUAUUCAUGUGAAUGUUUUAACUUGUACAGCAAAUGAUUGGUUCACUGCUGAGACACGCUCACACCUGAUUGGUUCACUGCUGGGAAACGCUCACAUCUGAUUGGUUUACUGCUGUGACACGCUCACACCUGAUUGGUUGCUUGAUCCAUGUUUAAGACUUGUAAACACUAUUACCACAACCACAGCUCACUGUUAAACGUCUUCAUUACAUUUUAAAACACGACACAAAGCAUCCUGGGAACAACAAGUAUGACAGACUGACACGUCACCAUGGCAACAGACUGUUGUUGUUUAUUUGAGCUUUCAGCUGACAUCAGGUGGGAUCGAAGGUAAAAAAUGGAAAGCAUCCAUUGUUUGUUCUGCCCCCUACAGGCCAAAAGCUGGAACUACAUUGACUGAUCGAAAAGGUUGUGAUAAUUUUACAAAAACACGAUUCCUAAAAAAUGUGAAUGUACACAAAAGGCAAACAUCUACAAACUGUUUAUUUAGAUUAUUUAUAGUUGAAUAUGUCCAUGUACAGUCAACAAUAACAAUUGAAAAUGUGAUUUAAAGGUUACAGACACCAAAUAUAUGAAUUCCACUGAGUCAAAAGCUGAGAUGGAAGUUAGUUUACAUGCACAUUCAGGCCUUAUUCUGAAAAAGACAAUAAUCCUCCUACCCACACUGGAUAAUGGAAAGAAAUAUUCACUAAUAUUCCCUGUUUACUCUAAAAGUGAACAGCUGGAGCUCAUUCAGACAUUUUGUCCCUUUGGGUCAGAAAGGGUUUUUUCUAGUUUUCCAGUGGUAGAGAACUCAGCCUCCCUCUUUCACCUUCUAGAAAACCUGUUAAAGUCUUUAUAAUGUUGAACAGCAGAAAUGUGGGCUGUUGUUUUGUCUUACCAAAAUAAGAGCCUCUUUUACUGCAUAUACAAGUACCUCAUCCGUGAACUACACACAAUAAAAUACACAAUAUAGACACGACCAAUGCGGCGACAAUUAACAUAACAGCUCCCGUGUCCCAGUGCCAGAAAUUAACCAGUACUCACAAGUCAUGAGUACCCUUUCCACCUCUGGUGAUCCGCUCCCACCACUGAGGUCCAGACCUCAGUAACUGUUCCAGAGGUACACAAUAAAAGUCAGGAAAUUAUUAGGGUUAGGGUUAAACCUAACUGACACUGGUGAGGUCCUAAAACAAAACAGCACUCAUUAAAAUGGAUAAAAGGAAAUUGUUGUUGUUCAGGUUCAGUGUUGAGCUGGAAUCGUACUGUCGGAGUUACUGCACAUGUUCAAUAAUAAUAAUUAAUUUGGCAUACAAAUAUUAUAUGCAUUAAAUUAAUGAUACCACGCUAACAGAGUCUUAGAUGUGAAAAGUUAAAUACUCAAGUACAGAUUAGCAACGUCCCGAUCCGAUCGCAACGAUUGGUAUCGACACCAAUCAAGAAAUUUUUUAAGUGAUUGUAUCAGCUAUGUUGAGCUUAAUUGAUCCGAUCUUUUGUUUACGUCUUUUACUCACUUACGGUGCAGCCAUCAUCAACUUCCUGCUGUUUCUUUCCUCCACUCUGCUCUGUGUAAGUGAGCAGAAGAGAUUUGACACAACCACUCAACACGCAACUGCAACAAGUCCCACAAAUAAAAAGCCAAUAAGAGUAAUUAAUGAACGUGAUCCGCACAAAAGAUGUAGAGACAAUGGAAAUAAACAGUCAGCAGAAUACAGACGGUUAAAUGAAUAACACUGAAGCAACAAACACUGGAGAAACUCUUUUGUUUGUCAAACAUAUACAAUGGACUGAUUUUAGUAGCUUUAAUGUAAGUGUGCACUGUAGGCUAUGAUCUAAAAAAUAAUAUUAUGGGAUCUGGACUUGGUUAUAUUAAAUUAAAUAUUAGUUUGAAAGUAUUUGUUCCAUUUGUACUACUGACUUCCCUCUGCUGGUUAUAUGUGAGAACUCGUGAAGGACUAACUGAUGAGAUUCUCAGGUAAACAAACCUCACAAAUAACGACCACUAACGUUAGUCUUUGUAGUAGUAAACUGAUGUGAACAUGAACACAGCACGCCAUGGUGUCAUAACAUUAGUAUGUAUAUACAAUGUAAUCAAUAAGUAAUUAUCAAUAAUAAAUCCCAACAGUUGAAAUUAUUGAUCCAUUCAGCAGGUGGCAGCCGCGCCUCAGGACACCAAAAUAAAGCAACCGUACCAAAAUAAGAGCUUCUUUAACUGCUUGUACUUAUGAGGUUUCAGCCGAUCAAUCAGCUCUCCAUUGAUUGGCCGAUUGAACGUUUCAUUUGAAUGUAAUCACACUUUAUUGGCUGUUUCUAUGGAGACCAUUGUUUGCUCAGAAGCAGAACCAUUUAAACCUGUUCUGGAUUCAUGUUUGAACACAACUUUAUUUAAACAGGAUAAAAACUUGUUUCAGCAUCUGUCAAAGAUCAAACUGUCUGAUUGUAUUUGAAUAAAACUUUUAACCAUC